UGUCAUCACGGGGCCAGCCUUUUAGUUAGACAUCCGAGAAAAGUCAAAUGAAGUAAAAUGCAGUUUCCGUAUGCGUUUCUGUUAAUAGUCGUUUUUGCUGAUGGCCUGUUGGCUUACGACGAGAAUGUGUGCGUUCCGCCUACAGACACUUGCGGUCCCAUCGCCCCCUCACCCCCCAGGUCGUACGUCGCCAACAUCGAGGAGGUCGACCAGCUGCACCAAACGACCUCGUACGUGAGCGAAUUCUACGACCCGAGCCGCCAGGUCCUGGGUGUUCUGCGCUUGGCCCGCGGGAUGUCUGAACACGCGAUCUUCUUCUACGAGACGGAUACGGCUGUUAUUAUACAGUACAGGAUGGGCGUCGCGGACGGCCGGCCGCACCUCGCCUGCGUCGUGGCCGAGAUCGAGGACGCGGCUCCCUGGCUGGUCGGCUACGACAAGAACGGCUCCUACGCCUUCAUGCUCUCGCCCUCGCAGGCUCUCUUCUUCGGGCAGGACUACAAGUACAGCUACGUGGACAGCGACCCGGUGCGACAGAUCCCGUGCAACAGAUGGGACUCGUGCAUUGACACAUACGGCAACGGUACCAUGAGCGUGGAAUACCACUGGUCAGACCAGACCCGCGUGGCCGACGUGACAGGCUACAGCCGCGAGCGACCUGUCAUGGCCCAUGCAACAGGCUACUUCUACGCCCCCCGAGGAAGGCAAACCCAGGUCGAUGUCGAUAACAUGUACAACUUCGCCUUUUUCGACGAUAACCCAGACUGGGGGAUUUAUCAGUGGGCGGUGCAGAUCCCCAGCCUCGUGUACUGCCCCGGCCUCCCCACGGGGAAGUCGGCGCCCACGAAGCUCGCAGACACCUACUCCAUGAGGGUCGAGGUCACGUUGCAGACCUCACGCACGAAGGACAUGGAGUUCGUGUCCACGGCUCAGAACUGGUACGAUUACGAGCGCAAGAUAACCCGAGCGGACUUCAUUCCCGACCCUUUCACCAUCGAAGGUUAUUACGUGGGGAUCAACGAAGCGGUUGUUAUCAAGGACUUCAAAAGCGGCGUCGAGUACAUAAUCGACAAAGGCCUCGGGAACUGCACAGCCAUCUCCAUCCCAGACACUGGAUAUGACACCAUCGUUGACCCAAGUGGCCAAGUGACCAUAAAGGACCCACUGACACUCUUCGGUCUCGGCCAAGCGUCCAACCUCACGUAUUAUGGAAAGAAAAAGGCCCGAGGAAUUCCAUGCGACGUCUGGGUUGGAAGACUCGACCAGAUUGUGGGAAAUACAACGCUGGAUGAAAAGCUAACGUACGAGGUCUAUUUCCUAGAGGCUGGAUGGCGCGAGGACGCGGGAUCAGAACCUCUUCCGGAUAAGUUAUAUCCUGAUCCAAUCCUCAUCAAGAUACAGCAAGAUUUUACCAGUCCGUCCAACCCCGAAUAUAACACCUUCUUUGCCCUGGAACAGAACAUCUUUAAAUUCGACCAGAGCGCCCUGGACAUGACGGUUUUCGACAUCACUCCCUGCUUCAAGGGCCACGACCAUAUCCGCCGCUUCCAGAUUGCUUUUCCGGGAGACUUCCGCGACGACUUUGACAACAAACCUGACCAGUUCAUCCGUGCCAUCCACGGCACGCUGGAAAUUUACUUGAGUCUCCCCUCCAUUCGCAUCCAGCACAUGACGGUUGAGUUCAACGAGAGAGACGGUCGACUGUAUUGCGAGUUCACCCUUGUGGACCAGCCUCCUGUAGCCGGCAUCGAUUUCCCUCCUUCUGUAGGACCUCCCCUCGAGGACGUCGUUGCUUCGCUCCAAGCAUGCAUGGGGAACCUGGUCGUCUUCCUGUUCGAUGAGAGCUACGACACGCCCGGGCACAUGAAGCAAAUGAAAGCAUACGAAGACAGUCUCCGGGAGAUGUUUGAGGACAGCUGCCAUCCUCUGAAAUCCUCGCAGCAAUCAGUCGACGGCGACACACACAGGACUGAAAAGGAACAUGGAAAUCUCCAGAAAGACACGAGUUUCCCCGAAAUUUCACCAAAGAAAAUGGGUCAUACUGUAACACACGCUGAAGGAGAAACUCUAGUACGAAGAGAAAAGACAGACAAUGAGCCAGUUAUUGCUGAUAUAUCGAAAGCGUCUUUUAUGGAGAAGUUUAUUCACAAGAUGACGAGAAGUGCACCAAUGUACACGCCAGGUGACAUGGCAGGUAUGGGCAUCGGCAUGUUCUUCUUAGGACUCCUGCUAGGAACUGUGGCUAUGUUGGCCUUACUCCAGAAAUUUGGUCUUUCAGAAGGCAUGGAAUUUAUUCCCAUGAACUCUCGACGAUCGUAAGGAAUGCUAAAACCUUAUGAUUGACCUCGUCGGUCAUAAGGAUUAUAUGGAUCUGCCGAUGUAUUAGUGAUGUGUUGUCUGAUAGAAUGUUAACUGCAGUUUUCGUGAUUGUGUAGUGAAGGUUUACCUACUUAAAUGAACGAUUUUUAUGUGAUUUUCCUGAUUAAAGAUAUACAGCCAUUUUGAGAUGCAUUAUAUAUUAUAUACCGUUGUGGUGAAAUGACUGGAAAAUAAACAAGCAUGACAUUAGUCCAAUGAUAUUAAAUCGUUUGUCUCAGAGCUGCUUGGUCAUUAUAUUAAAAAAAAAAUCACAUUUAAGCAUCAUCUCUCAUUAUUUAGAAACAAAUCAAACAUGUAUUUUCUUUUAUUCCUUCAGGAAGACAUAAAACUGCUUAUCAUACUUUAUUUCAUGUACUAAAAUAAGCAUAACAGCAAAUAAAAAAUAUAAUAUCUCCUUGCCUUA